AUGCUCUCGGAGGAAUCCAUAAUUGUACAAGACGACUUUAUGAGAAUCAAGGAACAUCACAUAAGUGCCGUUCCUGGAACUCCUUCCACAACUGCUUCUACUCCACAAACAAACUUGCGGUACUUGCAUCAUUCUGGGUCCAUGAGCAACAUGCCAAAGAUAAAAUCAUUGCUGUCAUCAGAUGAUGAUAGUAGCGAAACAUCCGAAUUAGAAGUGUCAAGGAGGAGCGGCCCUGGCUCUAUACGGAUGAGAAAGAGAGUAAAAUUUCAAGAACUGAUAAAAAUCAAGAUGGUGGAGAAACCCGACCCUUUGGUGGUUCAAAAACAACGAAAGCGUAAAGAGGAAUUAGCAGCCAUUGACAACAAACUGAAAAUGGAUGCCAUUGGCGUUGUAGGUCGUCAAGAAGAAUCCAAGACCUUGAAGGAAUGCUUAGAGAGAAUGGUGACAGCCAAGAGAUCCUUCGACAAGGCGAUGAAAUUUGACUCUGGAUUCCUGAAAAUCCCAUCCAAAGAACUCGUACUCAUUCGAGGGAAUGGGGGUGUGGGCAAGACAACGGUAGCUCGGAAAUUGAGGUCUUUUGUGGCCCGGUCCAAAGGAGGACUCUUUGUCGAAGGAAAAUUUGAUGUUGACAGCAAGGUACCAUUUGUUGCGAUUGCCAACAUGUUCCGAAAAGUCUGUCGAGAAAUUCUGUCCAUGUGCGAGCAGUCGGCAUCGCACAUUGGUGACAUCUUAUACACCGAGCUUGGGGACCAACGGGAUAUCCUCCUGUGUUUGGUUCCAGAGCUCGCUGAGAUUCUUGGGGAUCAUAUAGACAGUGAUGAUGAGGAUUCGGGUUCAGGCACCGAAACGUUUGAUGCAGAACAUGUUCAGCAACGCUCUAAGUACGCCUUUCGAGUGCUCAGCCGAGCGCUCAGUGCGGUAGUAUCCCCCUUGGUCUUGCUCAUAGAUGAUAUCCAGUGGGCAGACAUGGCGUCGAUGGACUUUGUCAAUCACCUAAUCUGUGACGAACAGAACCCGAAUCCGUUCAUGAUCAUUGGGUGCUAUCGAUCCAAUAACAAUGACGAGAUGCUUCCACCCAACAGCCCACUUAUGGAGCGGAUACAAUCCAUGACGGAAAGCCAAGACAACUUUCGUUACAACCUCACUGAAAUUUCAUUGAAAAAUUGUACGUUUGAUAAUGUGCAGGAGAUGCUAAUGGCCAUGAUGUCCAUCGAUGAUAAAGAUAAAGUGGAAGGAUUGGCAGAGAUUUGCUUCAAGCGGACCAAGGGCAAUCCUUACUUUGUGAUUGAGUUUAUGGAAACGCUGACUCAUGAAUGGCUUCUGAAAUUCAAUCUUGUAAGCUGGAAAUGGACCUGGAACGAGAAGGAAAUUGAAAAGAGGACUUUUUCCACUGGCCGGCUUGUGGACAUGCUUCAAUCUCGAAUACAGCACCUCUCCGUUCCAGCAAAGACUUUUCUGCAAUGUGCAGCAUGCCUUGGAUCGUUCUUUCAAAAGUCGAUAAUGACGGUGAUUUGGAACGAAUACUACAAUGGGAGCGAAGCUGCUUCUGUAGAAGAUUUGAUCAAGACGCUGUCGGAUCAACGCAUCAUCGAGCAGGCUAGUACCGGAGAUUACGACGAUGACUUUAAUAACGGCGAUGACGAUAGUGACGAUAGCGAUGAUACAUUUCAAUGGGUUCAUAACAUAAUCCAAGAGGUGGCACAAGAUCUACUCCUACUCAAUGGAUCUAACAAGUCGGUUCGGCCAAAAGUUGGAAGGAUAUUGCUACAUUUCUUGGACAAGGAGCAGUUACAAGAUCAUCUUUUCAUUGUUGCUGACUUGAUCAAUCAUGGCGAGGUAACUGCUGGCAAUGCCAUCGAGUGUGCAACAUUAAAUCUACGGGCAGCUAGGAAGGCAAGGAAUAUUGCCGCAUUUCAAAGCGCCAGUAGCUACGCUUCCAAUGGGAUCCUAGUGUUACCACGAGAUAAGUGGACCAGUCAUCGAGAGUUGACGGUUGAAUUGUGUACCAUGGGGGCUAUGAUGGAACUGGCGUUGGAGAAUGGAGAAGCCUUUGAUGACUACAGUGCAAUGGUUUUUGACCAGAAAGACUGUACAGAGAUCGAAGCUAUGCCACUGAAGGUUUCUCGCGUCUGCAAACUGAGCACAGUCGACGUGGAAUACCAAGAAGCUGUCGACUAUGGCUUGGCGACCUUGAAAGAUUGGGGAACCAGCAUACUCCGCACAAAAUGGAGGCUUCCACUGCAGGCUAGGACAAAGCUAUCAAAGACGAUUUGCAUGGCCAAGUCUGCUCCAGCACCGGAAGACAUCCAUGACACUCUGGGAACAAUUACUGAUCCAGAGCUUCUAAACACCAUGAAGAUGUUGUCCAAUUUGGGAAAUGCGUGCUGGGUCUCCAAACAAGUAUUUCUAAACAUUUUGGUCAUUUGCAAGAUUGUCGAGCUCACAUUGAAACACGGGCUGAACGAUGCUGCUGCUCCUGCGUUUGCGUCUCUUGGGAUGCUGACUAUAGCUGUUCGCCACGAUGUGAAAACAGGUUCCCGGUUUGCUCGACUGGCACUCGCGAUACAAGAUCACAUGAAUGCAUCCAGUAAAGCCGAGACGCUCUUCAUUGCCUACACGUACUGCCUCUGUCAUACUGAGUCCUUAGAAAGCAUGGCGCUUCCAUUUAGUAGGGCAUACUCUAGUGGAUUGAGCGUUGGUCGAAAUGAUUAUGCCGUCUGGUCAUUGGUUUGCAAUCGAAUACUUGUUCCAUGGAUGUUGGGAAAGUCAUUGGUAUCUCUUCGUGGGUACUGUCCAGAAGUCCUUUCCCAGGCGGAAGAUGUCUCGCAAAGGGUACAGGGAACUGUGGUGAAGAUUUUUUGGCAAGCGAUGAUCAAUUUCUUUACCUCGUCCCCUGAUGGUAGUAGCGAGCCAAUGGAUGUACGCCAGCUAUCCCAGUUGGAAGGCAAGAUCUUUAGCGCCAAGAAUUACAAAGGCACCGACGUGGUGGCGUUGGCGUGCGUUCAUUUGGUGCAGGGAGAAUUGUUGCUCUUUUUCGAUGUCGAAAAAGCAGGUGAGCGGGCCUUAGAACAUGGCGACAGGUUUGUCAACGAUGCUCCAGCCAUGUUCAUUGGAGUUAUGGAAACCUUCCAUCGGGCAGUGGCAUUGUAUGCAAUGGCGAGGAAGACCAAAAAGCGCAAGUAUAGGAAGGCCGCGAUUGGUCUUCGAAAGAGAAUCGAAAAAAUGCAGGACACUGGAAACCCCAAUGUCAAGCAUUAUGAUAUCUUUCUGAAUGCCGAACAGGCAGCCUUGGACAACCGAAACGACUUGGCGGAGACAAGAUAUCGAAGAGCAAUUGUAUACGCCGCUCGAACGGGACAUUUGCAUCACACGGCAUUGUUCAAUGAGCGGUAUGCGGAAUUCUUGAACGAUGUGAAAGACGAUGAAUACGAGGCGAGGCAUCGUAAGAAUGAAGCAAUUCGGUUUUAUCGCGAAUGGGGGGCUUUUGCGAAGGCUUCUGAGCUAUCAAAAGAAUUAUAG